AUGUUCGGUGCUACUGCGUCUUUAAUUCUUUGUUGCAAAUGUGGGACCUCCAUUCGGUCCAAUCCGACCAAUAUGUGUGAAGCCUGUCUUACUUCAGAAUGUAACCUUACAAAGGAUGUGGAAACGCAGUAUACCAUUGUAUUUUGCCCCAAGUGUAAUAGGUUUCUAAAUCCUCCAUCCCAAUGGGUUCCUGCUUCUUUGGAAUCACCAGAAUUGCUUUCAAUCUGCCUCAAAAAAGUGAAAGGCCUCGGAAAAAGUCUUCAACUGAAAGAAGCCUCUUUCGUCUACACAGAACCACAUUCGAAACGUCUCAUUGUUCAGAUUGUUGUCCGUGGAGAGAUUUAUGCUAGUACAGUUGUCGAACAAAAAGCUGUUCUUCACUACGUUAUGCAUCCACAGCAGUGCCUUGAUUGUACUCGCCACGAAGCUAAAGAUUACUGGAAUGCUAGGGUUCAAGUCAGACAAAGGGUUGAUAUGCCUAGAACCCUUCAUAUGCUCGAGCAGCUUUUGCUUAGAAAGAAGGCUCCUAGAAAAUACAGUAAUGUUAAGAAUGUGAAAGGUGGUAUUGAUUUCUACUUUACGAUACGUUCAGACGCUGUUGCUUUUACAGAGUAUGUAGGGAAACUGAUUCCCUGUCGUACACAUGUAUCUCAACAACUCAAAUCCCAUGAUGUUCAUAAUAAUACCUACAAUUACAAGUGGACUUACUUACUAGAGGUUGUGCCAGUUUGCAAAAAUGAUGUUGUCUGUCUUACGAAGGCUUUUUCUUCUCGUCUUGGCAUGGGUAGUCAGGUCCUUCUAGUAGAUAAAAUCACCGACAAGAUUAGGCUUUGUGAUCCCUCCACUGCUGCUACAGCUUAUGUUGAUGUUCAGACCUACUUCUCUAACCCUUUCCAAUGCAUAUCAAAUCCGCGGAACGUCACAGAAUUCUUUGUCAUGGAUGUCGAUGAGGAUGUGUAUACUGGUAAAUCACAAGGAGGAGCUUCUGGAGCCCCACCUCCCGGACCUCCCAAGGUUAAGGGUUUAUGGAUUGUUCCGUCAGCACAUCUUGGAGCUGAUGGGGAGGAUGGUGAUCAAAUGUUUGUCAAAUCUCAUCUUGGUUAUUUACUCAAGAUUGGAGAUACUGCUGUGGGACUAGAUCUUCGAAAUGCCAACAUCAAUAAUACUGAAUUCGACAAGAUACCAGAAGGCAAGCGUCCCGAUGUGGUCCUAAUCAAACGCUACACCGAUCCAGCCGCCAAGAGGUGUCGCAAGUAUCGUAGAAGGCGUCGACGGGUCCUUUCUACAGGGGAAAGCGUUAUGGAGACAGUAACCAUAGCCACCGAGGAUUUAGAAACCGAUGACCUUUCAAUGGCAGAUGAGACAGAAACUCUUGUUGCAGUCAAUGAGGAAGAGGAGGAUUGUGAAAGUUCCGACUAUUCCGAUGAAUUUUUGGAUGCUCAGGAAGAACUUGUUGCUGAAGAAUCAAUGGAGACGGAGUGA